GGCACAGUGACAGGCGAGAUGCUUGGGAAGAAAUCCUUUUCGUCAUCUCGACAAACCGAACACCGGGGCAGAGCAGAAGUCGCUGAGUACAGAGAGGAGGAGAGACAGUGCUUCUUCACUGCUCCGACCACCAUGGCGAGUGUUGGCAGUGGAUUCGACCUACCACUACGCACUUUACGUGUUGCGACGGCUCUGACGCUCUUUAUUGGCUACGUGCAUUGUCAAACAACCCCGGGACCUACCUCACCAUCACCAUCAUGCAGUGAGGACCUGGGUAUCGCCAGUGGACUGUUGUCGUCACAGUACUUCACCGCUUCGUCCAGCUACAGUGCCCAGUACGUUGGUGCCACGUAUACGUAUCAGCCGGGAGAUGCACGUGCUGGCAAGAUGAGGGGCUACGGUGGUUGGGCGCCCGUAACCGGCAGCUUGGAGGAAUACCUGCAGAUAGACUAUGGCACUGAGGUCUCCAUCACAUCUAUGGCCAUACACGGCUUCCAGUCCAUGCAUGAAAGCAAGGGACGAUACGUGACGUCGUUCAACAUCUACAUCAGCACCGGCAACGGAGUGCUUACAAGUGUGGCGCCAUCCUUUAACCUGACAUAUUUCAGCGGCAACGUGGACAGUUGGAAUGCACAGAACCACACCUUUAGCCCAGCACUUAAAGCUACUGUCAUUUGGUUGUCGAACUUCACAACAGCAACAAGUGUUUUGCCGGGAUUGAGGAUAGGAUUUCGAGGAUGCAAUCCUCCGCCCGUGUUUGCAGACUUGCAGGCAUGCGACACGGCCCUGGGCGUGAGCAGCGGCGUUGUCAACAACUCUCUGAUCACGGCUAGCAGCGUGUACUCGCUCAGUUACGCUGCCUACUAUGCACGCCUGUACAAGUCCUUCGGGAACGGCGGCUUCUGCGCCUCAAACGGCUUCACUGCCAGUGACUACCUUCAAGUGGACCUAGGGCAGGUGAGGCUGGUGUCGGCCAUAGCGUCGCAGGGAAUCGAAGACUCGUUCCUGACGAGCCCCUACUACACUUCUCGCUACUCCGUCAGGUACGGUCUGGUUCCAGGCGGUGUGAACCUGACCGAUUUGAAGACAAGCGGCCACGACUUGACGCAUGUGUUCAGUGGCAACACCGACAAAAACACGGCUGUCAAGCAGUACUUUGCCGCGCCGAUACGGGCACGCUUCAUCCGAAUGUUCGACUUCAGCCCGCGCAGCACGCACAGCGACCCGUGCAUGCGUAUCGAGAUCUAUGGUUGCACGGUGCCGAAACUGACCACGGCAACACCGUCGCCAAGCACAGCGGCCAGCGCCACUACUGAGCCCGGCAUUCAUUUCACCACGGCAACGGUGGUGGCGGUAACGGGGACAGUACCUCCCGUAAUCACGGAUGCCACCAACACUGCAAGCAUGGUUGGCACGUUGACAACUACAGAUGCCGCUCUCAGCAGUACAGCAACCGAAACCAGCGAUACAGCCGUUCAUCAAGUUAGUGCCUCAACCGGCGCUCGAGUUGGUACAGAUAGCCAAGGGAACCCACUCAUUCUUGUGUCAUCCACAGUCUCCAAAGCAACUGAAGAGGGCACCAAGGACAGCAUCAACAUUGUAGCACUCGGUGCUGGAAUAGGCGCCGGUGUAGCUUUCAUCCUAAUCAUCAUGUUCAUAGUCCUGGUCAUCAAAUGCGGACGGCGUGGCAGGAAGGACGUUCAGGAUGGUGGCAAGGGGGCUUCCAAAUACAACGAUUCCGACGGAUUUGACCAGUUGCCGGCCUACUCCAGCCUGCACAUCUACGCCAAUCCUGCUAACCGACAACAACAGACAAGCUGCACAGAGACUGCAGCCAUGGACACCGCCGCUGCCACUACUGCUCACGAUGGUACAGCACUGCACGGUAACAGCGGGCGGAACAGCUUGGCCACUGCCGGAGGGAGCGUGAACCCGGCCUACACUGCUGAAGGUGAUCACGCACCGCCGCAGCCAGCCAUGACGGCCAAUUCAUUUGGCGGCAACUCACCUCAAGGUCCAUACAGUGACCUGAGGCACUCCGUGAACUACAGUACCAAGGCCGGUGGUCACAAGGAGCCCAGCAACCCACAGGAUGUAUACUUGCAACUGCACAAGCCGACCAGGGAGACCGCCAAUCAAUAUGAGUCGCCCAAGAGGGCCGGUAAUCAGUACGAGUCAGCCAAAGGGAUCGCUGAUCAGUACGAGUCAGCCAGGGGGACUACCAAUCAGUACGAGUCUGCCAAGGGGACCAUCAACCAGUACGAGUCAGCCAGGGGGACCACCAAUCAGUACGAGUCAGCCAGGGGGACCACCAAUCAGUACGAGUCAGCCAGGGGGACCACCAAUCAGUACGAGUCAGCCAGGGGGACCACCAAUCAGUACGAGUCAGCCAGGGGGACCACCAAUCAGUACGAGUCAGCCAGGGGGACCGCCAAUCAGUACGAGUCAGCCAGGGGGACUACCAAUCAGUACGAGUCAGCCAGGGGGACUACCAAUCAGUACGAGUCAGCCAGGGGGACCACCAAUCAGUACGAGUCAGCCAGGGGGACUACCAAUCAGUACGAGUCAGCCAGGGGGACCACCAGUCAGUACGAGUCACCCAGGGGUACCACCAGUCAGUACGAGUCAGCCAGGGGGACCACCAAUCAGUACGAGUCAACCAGGGGGACCACAAAUCAGUACGAGUCAGCCAAGGGGACCACCAAUACGUAUGAGUCUGCCAGAAAAGGCCGCCAAUACGCAUGAGCCACCCAAGUCGAGUCGUGUGGGCAACGGAGAGAGCAUGUACAACACCUUACCGCAAAGGACAGAUGGUGCGUAUGACAACUUGGGAGCUGAAAAGGGGCAACGUGUACAGCACACUGCAGCAGCAGCAGCAGUCCAGUGCGGACGAUGCGGCUGUCGCACCUCACCUUGCACGACUAGUCGGCUCUAGAUUGUCCCCACAGAAUAACGCGGAAAAAAUCCGAAAAUUAUGCACAUAGUAAUGGGCGCGCGAACACAGGUCAUUAUGCGGCAAUCAUGCAGGAUUAUGCGGUAUAAUGCGGUCAUAAUGCAAGUGUUAUCUGUCAUGGGUACACCUUUACUAUACAGUUUCAUACCAUAACUUUGUUGUACAGAAUUAUGGGAAGGUACGAGUUUGUGCUACAUUAAUUAAUUGUUUUUCAUCAUCAUGACGCGCGGCCAGGCACAGUGUGCAUUAGUUCUUCCGCCUGUUUCUACGCAAUAUGGCAUGCGUUCUAUUUCUUUCCUGGCGGCAGACAGAUGGAAUGCUCUUCCCACUGACUGCCGUCAGGCCCCGUCUCUUACUCUGUAUGUAAACAUGGUAAAAAUUCACCUAGGGUUCCCAGUAAAAAGGCAACGCCUGUUGGGACUCCCCCAAAGUAAAAUAAUAAAAUCUACUACUACUAUGACUGUAAUAUUUUCUUGUACAUUCCCAUGCUUUGUUUAUGGUGCUGCGUUGGCACUGUCUUCUCAGAGUUUCUGAAACGACGAUAAUAUUGCAGUGCCUAAAUAUAAGCAUGCUGACUUUGCAUCUCUUCCA